AUGGCGUCCGAACUCUCGGCUGCUCCCGUGCUAUCGACACCGGACGACCAUAUUCUCGAGGUCCCUGCCGCAGACUCGAUCCCUACCUCGACCCUCUCCGACGAUGCCCUUCGCACAACAUACGAGAUCGUUCGUACCGCCGAUGAGAUCCGCGCUGGAGGAUGGAAGCGAAUUGGUUUACAGUUCCCCGAUUUUAUGCUUGUCGAUGCCCCGCGCGUGGUAGAAGCCUUGUCCAAGGAGAUCAGCACCCAUGAUGCCCAAGAGGAGGCCAAACCGGAGAGGAGGAUAUACGUCCUCGCCGACAGCAGCUACAGCGCCUGCUGCGUCGACGAAAUCGCUGCAGAGCACGUCUCGGCAGAUGUUGUAGUCCACUACGGUCGAACCUGUCUUAGCCCUACAAGUCACCUUCCUGCGAUAUAUGUCUACACCACUCACGAUCUAGAUUACGAGGUGACGGUCAACGAAAUCAAGAAAGAGUUCAGCGAUAAUACUGUCAAGUUGGUUAUCAUGGCCGACUUGACAUAUCAGAAUCAUGUUGACAAGGUUGUGUCCCUGCUGAAGGAACAAGGUUAUAACGACACCUUCUCUACCGCAGUGACUCGCGACCCUGCCGCUUUGAUUCCCAACCGCAAGAUCCUUUCAGACGAGGCCCAUGACGACGAACACUGGAAGGCCUACUCGAUCAUCCACAUCUCCGAUCCGCCCUCAGCGCUCCUACUCGCUCUUUACACACGUUUCGCCUCGCUGCACGUCCUCUCUACACCCUCUCCGGCCCUCGAAAACCCAACAAUGCGCACAGCAGGUCUUCUUCGUCGACGAUUCGCCAAAGUGCUGUCCCUCGCUUCCGCAGGUGUGAUCGGUAUUCUGGUCAACACAUUAUCAGUUGCGAAUUACCUGAGUUCCAUCAACACCCUCCGCGAGAGGAUUGCGCGUGCGGACAAGAAGAGUUACACCAUUGUCGUGGGUAAACUUAACCCAGCCAAGCUGGCAAACUUUGCCGAAAUUGAGGGCUGGGUCGUCGUGGGAUGCUGGGAAAGUGGCUUGAUUGAAGAUGACGCUGGAUACUGGAGGCCGGUCAUCACACCCUUUGAGCUUGAGGUUGCGCUGAUGAGCGAGGAGGAGCGUGUCUGGGGCGGCGAGUGGUGGGGAGGCAUCGAGAAACUUGGGCUCAACGACAAGCCUGCGGAUGCGACUAAGAAGUCCGAGGAUGCUGAUGUGGAAGAAGAGGAGGAAGUCGACGAUGUCGCUGGUGGUGUUGAAGGAGAAGAGUCUGCGCCCCCUGAGUUUGACAUGCGCACUGGAAAGUUGAUCUCAUCGAGUCGUCCUAUGCGACUCCCAGUCCGCAAGAAUCCCGUUACUUCAGACGCUGCCGAGGCGACCGGCGAUGGUCAACCUAGUUCAGCCCAGCAAAACGAUUCUCUCAUCAAGCGCAGUGUUGGAGAACUGGCAAGCAUCAAUGGCGUGGCAAGUCCAGGAGCCGAAUUCCUUCGCUCCGGUCGAACAUGGCAAGGCUUGGGUACUGACUUUGAUAACGAGGCCAGUACGUUGGUUGAAGAAGGUAGAAGCGGCGUCGCGAGGGGAUAUCAAGUUGGUGAAUCAGGUCGGCAUUGA